GUCCGUUAUUGUGUUUAGGGCUGUUGAUGCUCUGUUGCAUUGGAAUAGUGGUCCAUGCAUCAUCGCUGAAAUGCGCAUUAAGGAAGAAUUAUUUAAUUAGGCAGCAAUUGCAAAUUCAAAAGCUAGAAAUAAAGCAGCAGAUGAAAGAGAAGUUGCUAAACCAGUUUUGUAUGCUGGACUUGCUACCGAUUCCGGAUGCCCCAACGGUUGACCAAAAGCCACCAAUGGCAACGCAGAAACCGUCAACAAGUUCAGGUGGAGUUUCAUCAAAUCUAACAAUCAUCGUGGCUUAUCCACCAGGAAGUCCAUGUAACCCAAAACCAAAUGAUUCGAUAUCUGCUUCCGGUCAGACAAAUCCAUCAGAUCCCUCGGGUCCGACUUUAAGGCCAGGUGAGACAGAGUAUCCGACGAAUUCACCCGAGGGAACCGAGUAUCCAACAUAUCCACCUGGCGAGACCGAAUAUCCGACUUACCCGCCUGGCGAUUCUGCUCAGGGUUAUCCUGCAUAUCCAACAUAUCCGACCAUUCGGCCAGUUCCAACAAAAGCGACCGAGUAUCCAACAUAUCCACCUGGCGAGACCGAAUAUCCGACUUAUCCGCCUGGCGAUUCUGCUCAGGGUUAUCCUGCAUAUCCAACAUAUCCGACCAUUCGGCCAGUUCCAAUAAAAGCGACCGAGUAUCCGACAUAUCCACCCGGUGAGACCGAAUAUCCUACAUACCCGCCUGGCGAUUCUGCUCAGGGAUGGCCUGCAUAUCCAACAUAUCCGACCAUUCGGCCAGCUCCAACAAGCCUACCUGGUGAGACCGAGGAACCGACUUAUCCGACUGAAUCUUCUGUUAAGGAAUCUAAAACAUAUCCGCCCAACGCACAUCCAACAUAUCCGUCCGCGCAGACCCAAUGCCCGACAAAUCCUACUAUCCAACCUACUACGGAAUGGCCAAUUUAUCCGACUCCCGGCACGCCAAGCCCAACCAACCAUACAUUACCAAUCAAUCCGCCGAAUGGAGCAAUAAUUGUAAUCGUUGAUUGUCCUUAUUCAUACUCAACACGUAAACAAAAAGUAACUGAUCCCCUAUACCAAAUAAGUCAGCAGAGACUUGACCGUCAACCAAGUCAGCUAGUUAGUUUUAGAACUGCAAAGGAUGUUCAAGAUGAUUCUAAGCUGAGGACUGUGGAGUUAAUCAAAAAAUACGGUUACCCAGUGGAGACACAUUUCGUAAAGACGUCGGAUGGCUAUGUGCUUUGCCUACAUCGCAUACCACGGCCAGGGGCACCGGUGGUAUUGCUGGUGCACGGACUCAUGUCCAGCUCAGCAGCUUGGGUACAAAUGGGUCCGUCUAAUGGACUGGCCUAUCGACUAUACCGGCAGGGCUACGAUGUCUGGCUGUUAAACACGCGCGGCAAUAUCUAUUCGCAGAAACACACCAAUCCCGAUAUUAAGCCAGCUGAAUACUGGAGCUUCACCUUCCACCAAAUCGGCAUAUACGAUCUGCCAGCCUCGAUUGAUAAGAUCCAGGACAUUACGAAGCUUACUCAGAUUCAAUAUAUCGGACACUCGCAGGGCUCUACCGCCUUCUUUGUGAUGUGCAGCGAACUACCUCAUUACUGUGAGAAGGUGAUCCUCAUGCAGGCACUCUCGCCAACUGUCUAUAUGGAGCACACUCAGAGUCCAGUGCUUCGGUUCUUCGCUCUUUUUAAGAGCAAAUUAAGUGUUUUGCUCAACUUACUUGGUGGCUAUGAAAUCUCAAAGGAUAACGUUGUAAUCGCACAGUUCCGGAAUCAUAUCUGCAGGGGCGGUCUUCAAGAAAGUCCAAUUUGCGCCGUCUUUGAUUACGUUAUGUGUGGAUUUGGCUGGAACCAGUUCAAUUCCACUCUCACACCGCUUGUCGUUGGCCACGCAUCGCAGGGUGCAUCCAGCUACCAGGUUUAUCACUAUGCCCAGCUAAUCAGCAGCGUCAAAUUCCAGGCAUUCGAUCAUGGUGAAGUGAUUAAUCAACAACAAUAUCAGACACCCGAGCCGCCGGCGUACAACUUGACUCGGGUUAACUGCAAGGUGGCGAUUCAACAUGCUCCUGACGAUUGGCUUUCCUCCAAAAACGAUGUCCAAAGCCUCUCAACUAGCCUGCCUAACGUAAUCGAUGAAUGGAAUAUCAAACAAAAGGGUUUCAGUCACUACGAUUACAUGCUGUCGAAGCAGGUUAAUCAACUGAUUAACAAUCGUGUUAUCAACAACUGUGUCGCACAAACCUAUCCUGAACCUAUUUGUUAAUCUUAACAUACACUUAAAGAAUUUUGGAUAAACAUCUGAAAAGAACAAGUAUUUAAACUCGAA